UAUGUUCAACAAGAAGAUGGCACGCUUGUGUAUGCUUACAAAUUCCAGCUUCGCGACAAAGGUGUUAAUUUCUGGAUCCAAGUUUGGGCAGAUACCAACACUGGCAAACUGGUCCAGGCUGUUGACUUUGCUCAUCAUGCAACAUACAAGGCUAUCAAAGUCCCUGGUCUCAGUCCCAAGGAUGGUGGUUUCACCAACAUCAAAGAUCCAGAAUACAAACCAUCGUCGCCUAAUGGAUGGACUGACGGAACUACCACUGAGGGUAACAACGCCGAUGUUCUUGAUUUAAGACCAAGAACACCAGUUCCUGGAGCCGGUGUUGACGGUGUAUUCGACACCAGCUUUGAUCCCAAGACUGACAUUGACAAUAAGGAGAACUUACAAGCAACAGCUGUCAAUCUGUUUUAUCUUGCUAACCUCAUGCACGAUAUCACAUACCAGUAUGGUUUCAACGAGGCAGCUGGUAAUUUCCAAAAGGACAACUUUGGAAAAGGUGGUGAGGGUAACGAUGCAGUUAGUAUCAGUGUCCUGGAUGAUUCAGAUGACGGAAAUGCCGAUUUCUAUACUCCAGCCGAUGGUCAGCCGGGCGAAAUGAGAAUGUUCCGAUUCACUUCUGCCAAACCCAACCGCAGUCCAGGUCUGGACAAUCAAGUUCCUUUGCACGAAUAUGGACACGGUAUUUCAACUCGAUUGACUGGUGGACCUGCGGCAGUUGGAUGCUUGUUGAAAGGUCAAGCUGAUGGUAUGGGUGAAGGCUGGUCCGAUAUAUUUGCCAUGAUCGUAACCGCAAAAAAAACACACAAAGCCACCACUCCAAUUAGCUUUGCUGCCUAUUCCGAGAAUUCGCCCAGUGGUUUUCGCUCGCAUCCUUACACCACUGACAUGAAAGUCAAUCCUCUGACGUAUGCCGAUAUUAAAGAGCGUGAAGAAGUUCAUGAUAUGGGUGAAUUGUGGGCAGCCAUGCUUUGGGAAGUCUACUGGAACUUGGUCACCAAGAACGGAUUCUCCACCAAUCUCUACGAUGCCAAGGGCAAAGCUGGUAACAUUAUUACUAUGCAGAAUAUGAUUGGUGGUAUGAUGCUUCAGCCAUGCAAGCCCACUUUCCUUAGUGCUCGUGAUGCCUUUAUUGCAUCUGAUGUUGCUCGCUACAAGGGUGCCAACAAGUGCGAGAUCUGGAAAGGAUUCGCCAAACGUGGUCUGGGAGUCAAGGCU